CUAUACAGAAAGAGUUUCGUUGUUUUUUUACAUGCGAAAACUGAAAGCAAACCUGCUGACAAGGUAACUAAAAUUAUUGGUUACAAUCAUUACAAACCCGAUAACCUCUCAACCUUUGUUGCCAGCAGUAAGCUGAGGUCCAUGAACAAGAAUUGA